AUGUCAAAUCUCACGAUGCAUUGGAUUAACGAUCUUCCUGGAACCUUGACUCAGAUCCGAAGGGCACUAAGACCUGACGGUCUCUUCCUAGCCUCGAUGCUCGGUGGCGACACUCUCAUAGAGCUUCGACAUGCGAUCACAGUGGCUUCCAUGGAGCGAACAGGAGGACUCGGGUCACAUCUUUCUCCCCUAGCGAACGUCGCGGACGUGGGCGGCCUGCUCGGUGGGGCUGGCUUCUCUCUCACAGCCGUUGACGUUGACACCGUCACGAUCAUGUUUCCCGACGCCAUGUCGCUCCUUUACGCACUGCAGGACAUGGGGGAGAACAACGCUGUGCACGGCAGGCAGAUGAGGCGACAAACGCUGAUUGCAGCAGCUGCUGUGUAUCAGGCGAUGUAUGGAAGGGAAGGAGGCGCCGUUCCUGCGACCUUCCAGGUGAUCUAUAUGUCUGGUUGGGCUCCGCACGCGUCGCAGCAGAAGGCGAAGACGAGAGGAUCAGCACAGGCCUGCUCCGCCUCCUCUUGCUGCUCGGGAUCUGACGGGCCAGACAGAUGUCGCUGGAGGACCUCCGAGAAGUUUUGA